AUGGAAGUAGAAACAAGAAGCAACGAUGUGAUCAAACUCGAAACCGCCUCAGAUGUUGAACUCGUGCCAGAUCAGAGUACCGACCGAAUCAGUAGGUACAAAGAAUGCAGGCGCAACCACGCGGCUUCAUUCGGCCGCUACGCCAUCGACGGUUGCAGGGAGUUCAUUUGUUGCAAAGAUGACGUCUUUACGUGCGCUGCAUGCGGCUGCCACCGCAGCUUCCACCGCAAAGACCAUCCCUCUUACGGUUCUGCACCUCCGUUUCUGGCACCCUUGCCUUUAGCAUCCCACAAUGGACUCACCGGUGAGACUUGUUUAUUCAGUGAAGCGGAUCGGAACAUCAACAAGAGAGCGAGAAGAAGCAAGCUAACAGUGGAUCAGAAGAACAAAAUGAUGGGUUUUGCUGAUAAGUUAGGGUGGAGAUCCCAGCUGAGGGAGAAGGAUGCAGAGAUACAACGCUUCUGCGAGGAAGUUGGGAUAACCAAGCGAGUGUUCAUCGUUUGGUUGAACAAUAACCGGCACCGGAGAGAUCAUGCGUCCCAGCACAUGUCAUUUGGCUCAAAUAAAUGA